AUCCCAGAAUCCCUCUCACCAGGAAGUAGUAUGCCGGAGAGCAGUUUGCUUUGGUUUUGUUUUGACAAUGGUGGAGGAAGAAGAAUUUGAAUUUGCUGAGGACCUGGAGGCUAUUUUGCACCUAACACCAGAGGUGCAACUAGCCAUUGAACAGGUUUUCCCCAGCCAGGAUCCACUGGACAGAGCAGACUUCAAUGCUGUGGAGUACAUCAACACACUUUUCCCCACCGAGCAGUCUUUGGCUAACAUCGAUGAUGUGGUGAAUAAGAUACGUCUGAAGAUUCGACGUCUGGAUGACAACAUCAGGACGGUGGUGAGAGGCCAAACCAAUGUGGGUCAGGAUGGCCGACAGGCUUUGGAGGAGGCUCAGAUAGCCAUCCAGCAGCUCUUUGGCAAAAUCAAAGACAUUAAGGACAAGGCAGAGAAGUCUGAACAAAUGGUCAAGGAGAUUACGAGGGACAUAAAGCAGUUGGACCAUGCCAAACGCCACCUCACAACUUCCAUCACCACCCUGAACCACCUACACAUGCUAGCAGGAGGCGUUGACUCUUUAGAAGCCAUGACCAGAAAGAGGCAGUAUGGUGAGGUGGCCAACCUGCUGCAGGGAGUGGUGAAUGUACUUGAACAUUUCCACAAGUACAUGGGCAUACCCCAGAUUAGACAGCUUUCUGAGAGAGUAAAGGCAGCACAGAGCGAGCUGGGGACUCAGAUCCUGGCAGAUUUUGAAGAAGCAUUCCCCUCUCAGGGAACAAAGAGACCAGGUGGACCCAGUAAUGUUCUGAGAGAUGCCUGUCUGGUGGCAAAUGUUCUCGACCCGCGCAUCAAACAGGAGAUCAUCAAAAAGUUCAUCAGGCAGCAUCUCUCGGAGUAUCUGGUCCUCUUCCAGGAAAAUCAAGAUGUUGCUUGGCUGGACAAGAUCGAUCGCCGCUAUGCCUGGAUCAAACGGCAACUGUUAGACUAUGAAGAAAAAUACGGUCGCAUGUUUCCUGAGGAGUGGUGCAUGACAGAGCGUAUUGCUGUGGAGUUCUGCCACAUCACGAGGGUGGAGCUGGCUAAAGUGAUGCGAACACGUGCUAAAGAGAUUGAGGUGAAACUGCUUCUGUUUGCCAUUCAGAGGACCACAAACUUCGAGGGUUUACUGGCCAAACGCUUCACGGGAUGCACCUUGACGGACACACCUGGACAAAAAAGGCCAGAAAGCCCAUUAGACCCAACUAACCCCUUUCUGGAGGAUGAGCCAGGAGAGGAUGUGGGCACAGACAAAGAUGAGGAUCUUGCUAAACCCAGGAAACCCAAAGCUCCGGACAACCCUUUCCAUGGCAUUGUCUCAAAGUGCUUUGAACCUCAUCUAUAUGUCUACAUAGAAUCCCAAGACAAGAACCUGGGUGAACUGAUUGACCGAUUUGUGGCUGAUUUCCGAGCACAAGGACCCCCCAAGGCAGGCACCGGGGAGGGUGGAGCAGUACUGCCCAGCUGUGCUGAUCUCUUUGUUUAUUACAAGAAGUGUAUGGUGCAGUGCUCCCAACUGAGCACAGGAGAACCAAUGAUCGCCCUCACCACCAUCUUCCAGAAAUUCCUCAGAGAGUAUGCUUGGAAAAUUCUCUCUGGCAACCUGCCCAAAUCCAGCAGUAACAGUGGGGGUCUCACCAUCAGCAGUCUGCUUAAGGAAAAAGAAGGUUCUGAAGCAGCAAAGUUCACUGUAGAUGAGCUCUGCCUGAUCUGUAGCAUUCUUAGUACUGCAGAGUACUGUCUGGCUACCACACAACAGUUGGAAGAGAAGCUAAAGGAGAAAGUAGAUAAAGUCUUGGUGGAAAGAAUUAAUUUGACUGGAGAGAUGGAUACAUUCAGCACUGUGAUCUCAAACAGCAUCCAGCUGCUUGUUCAAGAUCUCGAUGCAGCCUGCGAUCCUGCUCUAACGGCUAUGAGCAAGAUGCCGUGGCAGAGUGUGGAACAUGUGGGUGACCAGAGUCCUUAUGUGACAUCAAUUAUCAUGCACAUUAAACAAAAUGUGCCAAUCAUCAGAGACAAUCUUGCCUCGACACGCAAAUACUUCACGCAGUUCUGCAUCAAGUUCACAAACUCUUUCAUUCCCAAAUUCAUCAACCACCUGUUUAGAUGUAAGCCUAUCAGCAUGGUGGGAGCUGAACAGCUCCUCCUUGACACACACUCCCUGAAGACAGUCCUGUUGGAUCUGCCGUCCAUAGGUUCCCAGGUGCUCCGCAAAGCACCUGCCAGCUACACUAAGAUAGUGGUGAAAGGCAUGACGCGUGCAGAGAUGAUACUUAAGGUGGUGAUGGCCCCACAUGAACCACCAGUGGUAUUUGUUGAUAACUACAUCAAGCUCCUGGCUGAUGGCAAUCCUGAGACCUUCCAGAAGAUCCUGGAUAUGAAGGGUCUGAAGCGCAGUGAACAGAGCAGCAUGCUGGAGCUCUUCAGGCAGAGGUUACCCACUCCACCCUCUGGGGCCGACGGUGGACCCUCUCUGUCCUUCAGUGCCCCCACCCCUGAGCAGGAGUCCUCUCGUAUCCGCAAACUAGAGAAACUAAUCAAGAAGAGACUGUGAACACACUGAAAUCACAUCUUAACAGUGAAAGAGGGUGUAGGCUGGGAUGGCCUUCAACUUUCUUGAAGUUAUUCAUCUCAAAGACUUCAUUACGCUCCUUUCGGUUUUCGUGGAGAAUUACAGAAAGAGCAAAAGUUGAGUUUUCUGACUGACAGUCAUGAACCCAAGCUGAUGCUGGAUUGUGAAGAAACUUCCUCAACUGUUACUUGCUGUUGUUAUAUGUCAUGUACUUCUGUAAUUUUCCACUUUUUUUUUUGCAACACUAACCUCUGAGCUUUGUAACAUUACUUCAUUGUUGCACAGUGUAUUUGCACUCAGAAGACCGAAUGUAGUGUUGGUAACUAAAUUCAGCUCAGAGAGCCUCUGGCUGCUUCUUUGUGACAUAUCUAAUAUACAGUGAUUAUUAGGAAGCCUGAUCCUAAUUAAAGUUGAUGUUUUCUGAAUAUAAUUAAUUCAAGGGUAGCUAUGGUUUUUCCUCAGCUGUUUUAAUUUAAUAUGGGGAGUAAUGAGUUGAAAUUGGUGUGGCUCUCAGCCAUUCAAUAAAGGGGACAGUGGACUAAAAUGAACUAAUAUAGCUUCACAUGCCUGGGACAAAGACGAUUUUUGGAUUCCGUGCAUUUUCAGGAUGACACAAGAUCAUCUUUUUAACUACAUAGUAAACAUCAGUUUUUAAAGUCCAGAAUAUUCUUUUUUCUGUCUCCUUAGAAGAAUCAAAGGUUUGUUUGAGUAUGUGUGUUCAUUUAUGCUUCAUUUAAUCAGUACCGAAGGGCAAAUUGCAAAAUUUCACAUAGAAAUAAUAUCUUUUGUCAUAAAAAUGUGCACAGGAUUAGGUUUGUCCCAUGCUUUUUUCCAACUGCUCUCUCGAUGAUAUCAAACACAAUGCAUCACGCUCUCCAGAGAGGAAAGAAAACUUAUUUGGCUGCGUUUAUUUGUUUUGAUACCAGUGCCUCGAGUCCUUGUAGAUCAGAUAAACAACUGCAUUAGUGUACCAAGUCCUGCCUUCGGGUUCUAAAUGUUACUCGUUUCUAUUGUCUGGAUUGUAUGCUCCACUGGCAACACUAUUAAAACAUUGCCACAGA